AUGGCCGUGGCCGUGCCGAGAAGCUCACUGCGAGGCUUUCUCGCACACGCGAGAGGCGCCCUUUGCGAGGCCAUGGACUCCAGUCAGAAGAUUACGUUUGUCAUUGGCAAUGAGUCGGCGGACCUUGAUUCCAUGUCGUGCUCCAUCGUGUACGCAUACAUUCGGUCCAUGUCGCCGCCCAAAAAGGCUUUCAGUUCAGUCUACGUGCCAAUCACGAACCUGGCGGCUGCGGAUAUCCAGCUCAGACCCGAGUAUCUUGCCGUAUUCAAGCACGCUAACAUGGAGAGCAAGCAUCUGAUUACGCUUGAUGACCUUCCUGCGCUGUCGGAGAUGCAGUCGAGGCUUGCACCGGAGAAUACCAAAUGGAUUCUCGUGGACCACAACGCACUCCAGGGCCAGCUGGGCAGCAUGUACGGCACUCGUGUCGAGGGCGUUAUCGACCAUCACGAUGACGAGGGCAAGGUGCCAGCAGAGACAGGUGACGAGCCUCGCAUCAUUGACAAGUGCGGCAGCUGCACUAGCCUGGUAGUGAAUUAUUGCCGGUCAGCCUGGGACGCCCUCUCUGCAUCGGCCAUGUCGUCGGGCGCAGCGCACGCACAGGGUGACAGCUUGUCCGACGAUGCGGCUUCUGUCCAACGAUGGGAUGCAGACGUCGCCCAGCUGGGACUGGCCAGCAUCCUCAUUGACACGGCCAAUCUCGAGGACGCGAGCAAGACGACAGAGCAUGACCGUGAGGCGGUUGCGUACCUGGAGGCUAAGAUUAUGCUUUGUCGGCAAUUAGCAGGCAGCUUCGAUCGCAGGGGCUUCUAUGGCGAGAUUAACGCGGCAAAGAAGGACAUUGGUAGCCUGGCGCUGCAAGACAUUCUGCGCAAGGACUACAAGCAGUGGGACCAGGGGCAGAAGCUGGGCGUCAGCUCCGUUGUCUUGCCGAUUGAGUUUUUGCAGAAGAAAGCGGGCGAUGGCAGCGAUACGUCAUUGGGCUCGGGGCUGCUGGCGGCGAUCAAGGGGUUUGCAGAGGAGCGUGGGCUCGAUCUGUUCUCGCUCAUGACCACGUCGACGUCGGCAGAGGGGCAGUUGCGGCGAGAGCUGCUGCUUUGGGCGUUGAACAAAGAGGCGGUACCAGCAGCCCAAAGGUUUGCCAAGAAUUCACGCGACGAGCUGGGGCUCGAGGCGUGGGCGGGCUACGAGGACGUGGACAAUGGCAGCGAGUGGAGAAGAGUGUGGUGGCAAGGCAAUGUACAGCACAGCCGGAAACGUGUCGCGCCUCUGCUCAGGGAAGCCAUGGCAUGA